AAGGAUAAAAGUUUGGAUUCAAGAAAUAUUCUGGAGGAUAUGAAUACGGAUUCAUAUAAAAAUUUGGGCUUGGAAAUAUGCCUUGAUAUGGAUAAUAAAAAUUUGCCAAAGAGGAUUCGACAAAAAGAAUAUCAAUGA